UACCAACGGCUUCACCGAGAUUCUCGAUGCCUCCACGAGCAGUGGCAUGUGAAAUUGCUUUUCCAGUGGAGUCAACUGAUUUACCAACUCCCACCACUGUCGAUCCAAGUACUGAAGCUAGGGCUCCAUCUUUUGCUGAGAUGGUGGAACCUGAUCCUUCUCUCAUUAGAGAGAUGCAACUGCUCGCUGUUUUGGCACCAGCAGAAGGGAACUUACCCCAAAGUGGUACAGAAAGUUCUAGCUCUAUUGGGACUUCAUCAAAUGCGUUGUCCUUUGAGAAGGUUUCUGCGUACAAAUUGGCACUAAUAAGGAAUUCCAUAUUAGCUAUCGUCGAGAUGUUCAAAGAUCCUGAUCAAUGGUCAGAUCUGGCUAUCACUUUAGAUGUCCUGGACAAUACUGCACGGAUGGCUAAAGUCAAUGUUUCUUCUCUACAUGAUGCUCUCUUAAGAUUCCAUAAUUUGGUAACUGUUCUGUCAUCAGCUGAAGCUCCGAUUGUUCCGCCCGAAAUUUUGGAAUAUAGGAAGCAGCUUGUGUAG